AUGCACUUUCUGGAUCUUUCGACCUUUCCUGUAAAUGGACCCAAAGUUGAUGCGACUAGUAUCUCAGACCCGCAUAGUGUCACAGCAGGGCAAGUGGACACAGAUGUCCUUCGUAACGAUUCCCUCAGAUACUUUGAGAACCUGACAGGCCCCGAACUACUUAAUCCUUCAGACUUCUUGCUCACCUCUAGCUGGUCUGGGAUGAUUCAGGUGAAUCUCUGGAGCAUUCAACCACCGCCGGCAUUGAUGGAUCCAGAACAUAUUCCAAAUAGAACUGAAGAUGACUCUGACAAUAUACAGGGGCUUCCAAGGUCAAUGUUAAACCUCCUUAGCUUGGAGGAUAUUCUGGCGAUGGAGGACUACGGCCACGUAGCCAGAGUCCGACGAGAGCAAGUGGAGAAGUUGACAUCUUUGAUGACGAAGAAUCAGAACCAGCAGAUUCUGGGCAGCUCUCCGAGCUGCGGAGAGCUGUUGAGCAACCCGCAAAUUAUCAAUUCCUUUGUACAGCUUUACUUUGAAUAUUUCCAUCACACUCUUACUGUUUUGCACAAAGCGACAUUCAAUGUGUCCGAAGAGCCCCCGUUGCUCAUUCUGGCGGUUGCUACCAUCGGAGGUCGCUUCUCCAAGAUCCCGCAGGCCCAUACAGUAUCCACAGUUCUGGGAGAUAUUUGCGUGAAGCAGUCGAGAAUGUGGUAUAUCAGCUCAUUUGUCAUGAUCCAGAACCCUGCUGACCGGAGCACCCACUUCAGUUAG